AUGGAGAGUGGUUCACGCCGCAAACAGCUGCGUCCAGCGCGAGUGGAGGAAGAGGAGGAACAGGCGGCGGUCACCAUACGCACCGCAACCCAAUCUACCGUAUUCGCUAAAGAUAUGAACUCCACGAAUGGAACGAAGACCCCAACAAUCCUCGAUGACGUCAAGCAGCCGAUAUUCGAGAAUAAUGUGAAAUCGGAAGUGGACGAGGAGACCGGGAUUGAGAUGUUGUCCGGCGAAACUCGUGGUCCUUAUCCGGUUAAGGAAUUGCGCGGGUCCAGCAGCGAAGCCGAGAACGCUAUUACUUUGGUAGAUCAAAUGGGUAAUCAACACUUUUUCGAUGUCGAUUCAAUUGAUCCGAUUAUAAAGCGGAUCAAGCCGUGCCCGAACGCUCUCGAAGCGAAUUGCAUCGUUUUUCAUGUCGAGUCACUGAUUCAAGUUCUCAUAACCCGCGACGUCAAAUUAGAUGAGGACCUGGCGGCAAUCUUUUUGCCACAGCAACAACCAUCCACUGCAUCUGAGGAUGCUGAGAAGAGAUAUCCCUGUCCAAAAUGUCAUAUUGCCAAAUUCAACAACAUCGACAAUCUCACCGCUCAUCAGAAAUUCUACUGCAAAGGAAAUCAGCGCGUGCAGCUAGCUCCACCGCAAAAUUUUGCACCAAAUAUCCUUAAACAGGGAGCCGUUCUUCCACAAAAUGUGAUCCUCGUCCCUAUUGCUUAUCACGAACAUCAGCACGAAAUGGUUCAGCUCCUCGGUCCACCUCAAACCAUUGUGCCCGUAGCAAUAGGACGACCUACAGCAGCAUCAAACGGCACACCACAGAUGGCCAUACCAAUUACCGAUCCUCUUCUCAUACAAAGUGGUCUUUGCGGCACCGUUCAACCACCAACGCAAUUGAAAUUCGCAAUUGGUGAUCUGGCUGUCACCAUUCCAGUUUUGCCAAUAGAGAUGAGUGGCAUGGCUGGACUUAAACGCACUAUUGAGCGCCCAAUCUCGACACCUUUGGACUUGUCGAAAAGGCGUCGGGAAAAUUCUGGGAGUUCAGGGGCGACCACUCCGAGUAAUAGUGUUAGAACUUCUUAUUCUGACGUGGAAAAGCCUUUUCUUUGCCCUUGUGGUGUUUCGUUCUCGGCUGACGAAACUCUGAAAGCUCAUAAGCAGUACUACUGCAAGAUGGUGGAGCGACGAGACGACAACAAAGACCCGCCCAAAAAGAUCAAAACUCGAUGCAGCCAAUGUGACUACGAGCCCGGUUCACUCUCACAAUUAUCGGUACAUGUACGAACUGUACACAACGAAGUGCAAGCGUACGUAUGUCGAUUAUGUGGGUAUAGAGGAUUCAGCCUUCGAGGGAUUCGCAGUCAUAUGAGAUCGCACUCCGAACUAGAUACCAUGAAAUUCGAAUUUCUUCUCGCCAACCAUAUUUCCAAAGUGAAAACAGAACGAAAGACACCGGAAAGUCAAGAAAAUAUGGAGCAAGAUUGA